AUGUCGAAUACACGACUCACCUUUGAAGAUCUGCCAUCCGAUGUACUCGAACAGCUUUGUAGCUGCUUGAAUCGCAUCGACCUCCUUCGCCUUUCCCUCGUCAAUAAGAAAUGCCGAUCAACUUCAAUACCAUAUAUCUUCCGAACAGUCAACCUCACAUUCUCGACGCCAGAAGCUCUUCAGUCCGACAUCGAGCGUUUGCAUAAGGGUUUGACGACAUCUUCAUGUUUUGCACAGGUCCACGAUUUCCGCAUCUUGACUGACCAAUUACCACCCGAGUCCAUUACGACAGCGCACAUCGACUGUGGAGACGAUCCCGCUAAGAUCUGGGAAUACUGCAAGUCCAAAAGUCAAGACUCGGAAACCUCGAUCCCGGAAGAAUCAUGGCAGACGCUCAAUGACUUGAUCAAACAAUUGCCAGCUCUGCGCAACAUCUUCUGGUGUCACGAUCAACGGAUACCGCUGAGUCUUUUACGAUAUAUCAAUGAGUGUUUACCUCGUUGCAAACUCCACAUGCGGAAUUUCAAACUGCGCACUGCCUAUGCACUCAAAGGGCAAGCCAACAAAAUCGAUGCCUAUGACUUGGAACUCGCUACCUCGCCAUGUGUGUCUAGCAUUGCUCUGAUGCACGAUUACACAGAACAAGGACACACGAACUGGAAUCUCGAUGCAGUCAAAGAAAUGGUUGAGGGUGCUGCUCUAGGGUUGAAAGCUGUCAGUGUACUGCAUGCGACUCCACCAUGGCAACUGGGUAUCCAUACUCUAUCCCAGACAAACGGGAGAUGGAGACCUGGCACACUCUGCUCUGAGAGAAGACUGGGAGAAUUGCAGUACUUGGAGCUCACCCAUGGAAAUGCGAAUACACUCAAGGAAUGGAGCACAAUCACUGAUUUCUCGCUGCUUCGCACGUUCAAGUACUAUAGAUUCAUCGCAGCUCCUGAAUUUCGGUGGUUGACUCAGAACUGCAGCUUCUCCUCGCUGCGCACUCUGUGCAUCAUGCCAGGAGGCGGUGAAACUGAAGAAGCAAGAGAUGAUCUGCCAGACGCGACGAUAGACUUCAUCAGGUCGCUUCCGCCGCUGCAAAGUGUGAAACUGGUUGGUCUCUACACUCAGCGAACCGUGAGAGUUGUCCUAGAGCAUUGCGGUGACAGUCUACGAGAGCUUUACUUGGCACUGCCAUACAAGGUCACUCCAACGACUUUCGACAACCUCGACGAUUCAGUAUUCGCAAAUCUGCGGAUGCUCGCUCUGAUACACACCCAUUGCCCCAACCUCGAAGUCCUUGCUCUUCCCAUGUUGCGAUCGCAAGGCGAUGCACACGAAGUCUCCCUCUACCGCAGCUUCGGCCAAAUGCCCAAACUCCGCAAACUGUACCUCUCCCUCUAUGGAGCUCAACCCCUUUACUGGGGUGACGAAUGGUCUGACGUCCAAGAUUUAGAACCCAUAUUGCAACGCAACGACAGAGACGAAAUGCAGCAAAUCCACAAUGCCUUUGUCGAUUUCGCCCUCGACGAGUCUCUUGCGAAAUCCAUCUGCAAUACCGUUGCUUCUGCAAAAGCGCCGUACUCCACACCCCUCGAAAGCGUAGACCUGCGGGUCACCAAACUCUGCCAUCCGUUCGGGCCUGAUUGUGCAAUGUCCGAUAUGAUCAAAAUGCUACGACACAUGGCUCACUCGUGGAUAUGCACUCGGCGAUUUGGGAACGAGGAGGAAGAAACGUUCGAGUGUGCGGUUAUGGAUCCGCGGCAAGCUGACAGUGCGUCGUUUGACCGUGUGCAGUGGCACAUGCAAAAUAGUCAAAGGCCUGAAGAUGCGGAGGCAGCCUUUGGAAAUGUGAUUAAGGAUAUUUGGGGUGGGAUGACGGUGGAUGAGUGGAGAGUGGGAUGGUAUGGUCUUCCGUUGGCGGAGUGA